UACUCCAGAUGGGCAUUGAUCAACUCGACGUGAUUGAGAGCCUAUUCGGUCGCUAUGGUCGUAUCACCAUGGGUAUAUCGCUCCUCCUUCAGCAGGAAACAUACUUCCCAACAUCCCGACCUCUGCAGCAGCAGGUUGCCGAGAUUUACGCUCAUAUAUUACAACUUGUCGUCCAUGUAGCUUGGGAGUAUCGCCAAGGCGUGAAGACCCAGAAUUGGCCGUCUAUGAAUGCUGCGAUUGAUAUGGCCUUCUUCCGCUAUUUCAACCGCUUUUCCGCUCACUGGCGUCGUGUGUCCGAGCUGGUGUUGGAAAUCGGAAUGGCAAAACACCAGACAACAGUGAACCUGUCGGCGAUUUACCAAUUUCUCGAGCUACAAGACAGGCCAUUGCAGAUGCUACUUGAGGGCCACAGCCAUUCCUUGGCAGAUGGAUCUUUUUCCUGGUUCGAGCCGCACCUGACCACCUUCGCAAUGAGUCGGCGAAGCCUUAUGAUGAUCCGCGGAAAUCCCGGUUCAGGAAAAAGCGCGCUCGCACAAUGGACUGUUGAGCGACUUCAGGCCUCCUCGGAGUAUGAUAUCUGGAAUGUCAUUCCAAUUAUCAUCAGAUCGGAUGUCCCUAUCACGACGCUCACGCUUAGCAUUCUCAAAGGAAUCUUGAUACAAAUCCUCGACCAUUCUGUGACCAGCCGCAAGACACAGGAUGCCAUCUUGACUGCCGUGACCGGUGCCAUUGAGAUGGCCAUAGAUGGUGCGUCGGAUCCUCAGGUGGAAGGACAGCUCUGGACCGCCAUCCGCGCCGCUGUACAGUCCAACUUGCACUUUAUGUUGGUGAUCGACGGGUUUGACCAAAUGAAACACGCCGAGACAACUGUAAGCGCGUUUCUAGGCUUGCUACAAGAUACAGUGGCCGACACUCCUUCCAAGUUGAUCAUCUUCAGCCGACCUAUGUCUAAAGAUCUACUGCCCAUUCGUGAGACCUCAAAAAUACACCAAAUUGCGAUGAAUGCUGCUACCACUCAGCAUGACAUGCAAGUGGCUGUGAACGAUAUGAUGACGGCCGAAUCCUCCUUCUCAGGUCUGGAACCUUCUCAGCGGGAAUCCCUGGGACAGGCCAUCGUGUCUCGCUCUCAAGGCUGCUUCAUAUGGGCACAACUAGCCGUAGAAGCGGCCCAGCAGCGAACAACCGUCAGCGAUAUGACCUCAGCUGUAGCAAAGAUGCCCAACACGCUGGGUGAUUUGAUUGACCAUCAUCUGCGCACUACCAAUAUCAAACGUGAAGGUGCGCAGAAUCUCAUAGGAUGGCUGGCGGCCAGUGAGCGUCCCCUACGCAUUCCAGAGGUGGAACAGCUCUUAGCAGUCGAUAUCAAGACACUCAAAGUGGCGUCCCGUACAGUGAAUAUCGGGCGCGACCUCUUCCAGCCCCUCAAGCGUCUGAUCGCGGUUCGCGAUGGCUUUGUUUCGUUCCGCCAUCCGAUGAUUCGAGAGCAUUUGCAAGCCCGGGCUCAGAUGCGCCAGGAAUUGCCUUUUUCACUUGCAGAGGCUCACUUCGACCUUCUGAUCCGCUGCCUGGCUUGGGUUCGCCGCACGGUCACCGACGAGGUCUCUCUCUCAUGGGACAAGAUGAGUGUGUUUGUGCGCGAUCGCUACCUGGACGCUUAUGUUCUGCUUGAGUACACCGCACGAUACUGGCUAUCCCACAUGCUGGCAUCGCCAAUGGCGUCAUCGGAUCGAGAGCUCUCUUUUGAUAGCACAUUCCGUCGUGCCUUGCCAGAUACUGUUCUCUUCGCUCAACUGGAGCUGACCAACCGGGAGUCUCAGUUUAGCCGUUCGAGCAUUGUCGAACUAUAUCGUUUGUCGGUCGGUGUCAGGCGUGUGGUCCUUGGUAAUGAGUCUCUUGCCUUUCUGCAGAGCUUGCUUCUCAGCGCCCGGGCGGCUGAGCAGACGCAUGCAAGCUGGGCCAACGACCAUCUGUAUGAGGCAUGGAUGCGCAGUCGUUCGCAGCUCGGACCUUCCAACCAGAUCACGCGCGACUUGGAACACAUGCUUGUAGCUAACGGACAAGCCGAUCGUACUGCCGGAAUGAAGACUGAUGCCCUCAAAGACAUGGCAUUGUCAGGAUGGGGCUCGUCUGAUAUUGGCUUUGCGCAGAGACUUCAGUACCUCGACAAGCUGGUGACCUCAUACAAGGCUAAUAACCAAAAUGAUGCCGCAUACUCUUCCGCUAAGCAGUUCUACCGCCAGACAGUGCAAGCAUACGGGCUUCAUUCUCCAGAGACUAUGGCAGCAGCUGAAUACCUCACCAAGCACUUCGACAUUGCGCCCCCCGACGAGAUGGCGUUAGAGCUUGCGCGUACUAAAUAUGAGACAAUGCUUCAUACUAUGGAUGCGACCGACCCACGACGAGUGUCUUAUUCCCUCUACCUUGCGAAGCUGUACGAGGAGAACAACCAGGUCGGCAAAGCUGAUGCAGUGCUGUCUCGACUUUGGGCGGGUCUAUCUGCUCGUGGCCCCAGCAAUACCGAUUCCUGGGACCAGAAAACAAGGGUUGCAUUCUACUAUUCCCACUUCCUACGUCGCCAGGGUCGUCCCGACCAGGCCACAGGCAUACUUCGUGAUCUUGAGACUGAUCUGGAGGAAGGAGGCGGCGUCAAUUCACCUGAAAUGGUUAAACGUGCCGAGGACCUUCGUGGGGAAGCCCGACAGAUGAAUCUGAAAGAUAUGGAUCGCGCCCUUGCUCUCCAAAUGUGGAAGUAUUACAAGUCAUCGGGCCAACAGUACACCCCUCAGGCCGUUUCUCUGGCCGAGUCAUUGACCGAAGGUAUUUUACCCACGAAGAGCGCCACUGACUCAGCUGGGUCGCGCUUGUCGACGCUUUCUGCAGAAGACAAUGAACUGCUACCCGGCUGGAUUGAUACUGUCGCUUCAGCUGGCAGCGAGCGCGAUUUGAUGUCAAUCUUGGCUCUAUCUCACCAGCUGGCAAGUCAACGGAUGGCAGCUGAAAAGUGGCGCGAGGGUAGUGAAUGUGCUUGGGCAGUGCUCAAGCACAUCUGGCCUACUGUCGAGGAUCCGCAUUCCAAGGCCAGGUUCCCUUCGGAGCAGGCACCUUUGAUGGCUAGUCUUGCCCUUGACCACGCAUAUUGUCUGUUCCGUCGUUUGGACAUCGCGAUGGCCACUAUUGUGUAUGGUAAUGCUUUCAAGGCAUCCAUCACCGCAGACCAAGUGGCUGUCCCUUCGGUCACAAACGUGGUCAAAACUGUCGUCGAGUUCUAUGAAACCACUUUCCAGUUUGAUAAAGCUAUGGUUCUGUUGCACCAGGUUAGCGACUUCUUCUCUUCGAGACUGGGGAGCAACGAUAAGCACACGCUCGAUAGUCGCUAUUAUGAGGCCGACCUAGCCCUCCGACUUGACCGUCGAUCCGAAGCGGAAGAUAGCUACAGUAAGAUUUACAAAGCCUGCAUUCCCAAUGGUAGGGUGACCUCAUCUGGCGUCCGUGCUGCUGUCGCUUUGGUCACUCUAUACGAACAGGACAAAAAGUGGGAAGACGCCCUUGAUGUGUACCGGCAUUUGUGGCCCACCCUUGUGCAUUUUGACGAAAAAGACGGGUAUGACAGGGCUCUUCUGGAAGGUCUACUGCCUAAGACCUACAGUGGGUAUAUGUCCAUACUAGAAAACACGCCUUCGGAGGUCGGCUACAACGAACGGUACCAGGUCGCAUCUCAGCAUUACCAGCUUUGCAGAAAGCUAUACGGGCCCACAAGCCCUCGCACCCGUGACGCGACCAUGGCCCUUGCCGGUAUUUGUGCCGGUCAUGAGCAGCAUCGAAGCGAGGCACUUGAGCUUUACACCCAAGCACUCAAGACCAGUGACUGGGUCCCCUCAGCUGAGGCUUCACGAUCGCUUCCGGACAUGACACAGCCGCUACCUAUGGAUAUCAAGCAUCGCAUGGCCCAGUUGUACAUGCUCCAGAAGGACACAUCUCCGUCAGCUCGGGCAUUCUACAAAGAGGAACUUGCGUUGUCAAAGCAGCAGCAAGGGCUAUCUGCCCCGACGACGCACUUGUGGCUACGUGAGAUAGCACGAUUGCAUGCGCUGCAGAACAAUUCCGAGGCCCGCCGCCAAGGAGCCGACCUACUUCAUGAGCAUGUGGAUGAGGUCGUUCAUGUCACUGCCAGCCACGAUGCACUGAUCGAACGUGCCCAUGGUCUGGCGCAGAUCUACCUCGAGUGCGGCUAUAUCGAUGAAGGGUGGGAGCUCAUCCACGAGUUGCAUCAGCAGGUUAUCCAUGACACACCGGCCACCCACCGUCAGAACCUGGCCGAGUACCGGCCUGCCGCAUUUGUGGCAGCAUUCGAGGAGGUGUUUGGUCGAACACGCUCUGCGCGCCAGAUCUUAGAUGAUCUGUCUCGGGAAGGACGAGUAUACAGUGUCUUCCAGCAGCAUCUUUCCAGCCAUGACCUUAUGCCGACCCUGGCAGCAGGUGACAAACUGCAUCGGCUGCAGCUGGAACAGAAACGCAGCGCCGCAGCCCAAGAUACCCAGGACAAGCUCUACGAAUACUUUUGCAACACGCUCUCCGUGGCGUCACCGCUACGAAAAAAGGACGUGGUGCAUCAGUUUUACGUCAUGUGCCGUCGCGAGUCGCCCAACGAAGAUUACAACAUCAACAUAGUGACUCAGACGACUGGAUUGGUGCGAGACUUGUGCAACCGCUCGCGCUUCCAGGAUGCGGCUGAUGUAACGGGUGUUUUCCACUCGUUCGUCCACUUGACCGACGGUCUUCGGCUGUCGGAAACCAUUUUCACCGCGAUCAAGCUUUGUCUGUACCUUAGUGGUUACCAGGUGAACAAGUGUACCGAACCCACCACUGCGAAGAAUAUGUCGUUGGAGUCGCAAAUGCUGUUGCAGGAAAUCAUGGCCAACGCGCGGGACCUCCCGAUGGAGUAUGCAGAGCUCCCCUUCUCCGAGCUCAACGACCUAGUGACUGUGUUGGGAGAACAUGAGAUGUUUGAAGACUUGGAGUCAAUUCUCACCGACCUAUGGACAUCCCGGAUUGUGCAGAAGACCUGGUCUCUGCCUGCUGUGGUUUGGAUCGGCCGUCGGCUGGUCGAGACUCGGUUCUGCCGCGGCCAGGUCAACGCCGCGACCACACUUGGCAAGGAUAUCUGUUACAAUCUGCGCCAGGUCUGGGGCAACGCUGACCCGGUGACGCUGGAGAUGAACAAGCUGCUGUCUGGCCUCUACACAGCCUCGGGAAACCAUCUUGCUGCCGCCGCCUUGCACGAGACGGCGCUUGCUGAGCUGUUGAAUAGCGAGACCAGCGACCACAAUGCAGCUGUGAACGCGGUCACGCAGCACCUGGAGCUGUUGCAGCGCGCCCAGGGGCGACUGGCCAAGGAAGGCCAGAGCGCCGCGAUAGACGCCACGGCUGCCCAGGAACGGGUGCAGGACAUAGCCACCAAGUUCGGGCUCUCCCCCGCCAAGCUGGAAGCUGGCAAGUCGGACGAGUCGAUGGGCAUCUGGCAGCGGCCGCGGCGGUUCAGCCUGGACGUGGAGGAGCUGGAGACUCAUCAGAACCACCUCCGACAAUCCAGUGGGUCAGCACUACUGACAGGCAACGGAGGAGCGAAACGGUUGUCGAUUACUGCGUUGUAGUAGGGCUAAAUGAUGGUUUGUUGCUACAGAAUGCCUGAAUACUUGUGUACUGUACCUGUGACUUGUUGUACGAGAUGUUGUAUAUCCAUGUUACUUGAUACUGGAAGAAUAAUUGGGUGGACAUAGGGUUUUGUAUAGGAUGGAGUCAAUGGAG